AUGCCACCCCAGAUCCUGCCAAUCCUGGGCAGCAGUACCGGUGGUAGCAAAAGCAGCAGCAGCAACAGCAGCAGCUCGAAGAUGCAAUCUCGCGACCAUCCGUUCAACAGGUCCACCCGACCGCUGUUGGAACGUCGCGCUCAACCGCAGGUGGUUGAGUCGAAGAAGCAGUACAUUGCAGUUUUUGGUAGUACAAUGGUUCCGACCCGUGGCUACAACGAUUUCAAUCUGAUCAGUCGCCAGUACGAGGCGUUAAAUUCGACCAAAGGCUACCCGUACGGGAGUCCUCCCUCACCGACGCAUGACUUCCAGUUUUCGGACAUUGCUCGACAGCAGCAUCACCAGCGCACCGUGCAUCAGUACACCGUCAACAGCAAUAACAGUGACGACGAGGACGACUACGACGAGUUGGUGUAUCACCACAACCAGCUGAACGUUGGGGGUAAAGGUGUUUCUGCCCAGCAACAGCUGCGACGGCGGCUUUUGGAUGCGGCUUCUCCGACGCCAAUGCCACCGGCACCACCUCAAAGGACGAUUGGGCUGGUUAGGCACGCGCAGCAGUCUCACAGGACUCCACCGCCGCCACCGAGGCGAACGGACUCUCCAAACCAGACACCGAACGCUGUUGGUCCAGCCGACAUCGAUGGGCCGUUUGUGUUUGGUGUGCAUCAUCCCAAUACGUUUACGCCGGCCUACGACACGAAGGUGGUUAAGGAUCCGCUUCCUCGCAGUCCCGACACAAGCCAGCACGGCAGCGAUACCAGCUCGAGCGAGAAAUCACGUCGCGCCCUGGUCAAGGAGAAGAAGAACUCAAAGCGAACAAAGUCCGAGAAAAAAGAAAAGCCGAAACAGAACCUCGAAAAACGUCCCUCUAAUGAGAAACCACCACCAAACGUAAAAUGUGUCCUGGUUGGAGAUGGCGCCGUAGGCAAGACGAACCUCAUACUGUCGUACAUUCAGGAUCGGUUCAUACAUGAAUACGUACCGACCGCAUUCGACAAAUACAACGUGGACGUCAGCGUCGACGGGCGGCCCAUCUGCGUGACACUGUGCGAUACGGCCGGGCAGGAUGCACUCGAUACCCUACGCCAGUUGUGCUAUCCGGGCUCCGACGUCAUCCUGCUUUGCUUCUCCGUCGUCCAGCCGGACAGCUUCCGUUCACUCGCUACCAAGUGGGAACCGGAAGUCAGCAAGCUUAAAGGUGUCUCGCUGGUUCUCGUCGGCACCCAGUCGGACUUGCGAAACGACCAGGACACAAUCAGCAAGCUUCAGGCACAGGGUGAGAAGCCGGUACCGUUUUCGUCUGCGUGGGAUUUUGCCCGGAAGAUCGGCACCAAAUACAUCGAAACAUCCUCACACAAAAAGGAACAUAUCAAAGAGGUCUUCGAUACAGCCAUUUGGGACGCGAUGCAAUCACAAGAGUACCACAGGCGAAAGCGACCCCUCUGGAAACGGUUAUGCUGCUUUACCUGUUAA